UUUUAAAUGCUGUACAAAAGCCUCUGCAACUAGUAGGAACUAGUAGAUUCGUGAAGCACUGUUACUGACACUCCCCCUUAAAAAAACGAUCAAUCAAAACCACAAAAUAAAGUUACAUGUUUUUAAAAACAAAAUUUGAAAGACAAAAAAUUUAUUAAUAUCAGUUUUUUUUAAACCUUAAACAAGUUGGUCGUGAAUUGUUUUGUACGGUACCAAAAGUUUUUGCUUAAACCAAGAUUUUUUUUUCUUGCGGGAAUACUGUUUAGAACGUAACCGAAUAAAUAAAUCAAGACGAUACUAGAUAUGGUAAGUUCUUAUAAAUAAAAAACAGCAAUAGACAGCCGCUAUAUAAUCAUGAUCCAUAAUUGAAUAAAUUAAUCGAUACUUCUAUAGAUAUACCUAUAGCAAGCCAGCAAUGGCUAAUUUGAUUAGUGCUCUUUAGUCGAUCGUUCGUUCCAAUCGUUUUCCAAAAAUUUAGCAAGAAUGGCCACCAUCUUCCAGCAGGGCGUUAGGCAGUUUUACAAAGAUUCUGUUAUACUGAUGGCCGGAGUAACGGGAUUCUUGGGUCAAACUCUGCUGGAGAAAACGAUUCGAUCCUUAGAACCUCGCAAGGUGUAUCUGCUGAUUCGGGGAAAGAAGAACCAAUCGGCCGAGCAACGGUUGGAGAAAAUGAUGAAUGGGGUGAUUUUCGAAAAAAGUCGGAACCUGCCUGUCGUUAAAACAAUUCAACCGCUUCAAGCUGACAUGACACGUAAAGAUUUGGGAUUGGAGUUGGGCGUCCGACAGAAGCUGAUGGAAGACGUUAAUGUCGUGUUCAAUAUGGCAGCAGCAGUUAAUUCUAACCUGCUGUUAAAGGAUUCUUUGCAGCAUAACGUUGAGAAUAAUCUGAAUUUGUUUAAUUUAGUGGAUAACAUGAAGAACUUGAAAUCCGCCGUGCAUACUUCUACGAUGUACGUCGAUUGUCGUUACGAUUUGAUGGAGGAACGAAUCAUUGAUGAUGUGCCCUUUGGAGGAUACGAUAGACUUAAACUUUUGAUGAGCAACUUAAGUGAUGCAGAACAGAAAGCGAUAACUCCUUUCAUUAUUAAGGAUCACAUAACUACGUACGGAUUAGCGAAAAAAAUUACUGAAGUGGAAUUGCAACGGCAAUUUUCCCAUAAACCGAUUGGCAUUUUUCGACCACCAUUUAUCAGCAGCGUAUUAAGAGAGCCUCUUCCGGGUUGGAUAAACAAUCUGUACGCAACCGCAGGACCGAUGGCUAUGGCUGCCUUAGGAAUCUUCUCACCUUGGUAUUACAACACUAGCAAGAAACCGAUGUUGGCGCCUGUAGAUUACUGUGCCAAUGCACUACUCCUCAGUGCCAGAGAUAUACACCAAAAUUUCUUCUCAAAUAAGAAAACUAUACCUGUCUACAAUUAUGCAACGCUUGAAAAUGCUCCCACUUAUGGACAAAUGCUGGACAACUAUUUGGAAGGGAUGGGACCUUUCAAAAAGUUUCUCUACCAGCACCUGAUGAGUUUCCGCACUACCAACCCUCGUCACUAUAAGGUUGGAGUUGAGGUGAUGCGUUGGCACGCCUCUGCCCUGGAUCGGUUGCGUUUGAUGCGCGGCUGCAAGCCGGUGCUUCGAAGGUUGGUCGAUAACGUAUAUCUAGCGGUUGAAAAAUCCAGUUACAUUCCAAUGCGAGAUUGGCCGAUUGAGAAUGGUAAUGUGCGCUGGCUGCAGCAAGGUUUGAGUGAAGAGGAAAUCGAUAUGUUUUACUGUGAUUUGAGCAGCAUUGAUUGGGAAACGUAUCAACGGAAAUUUCUUUCGAGCUUUAAAAAAUAUGCUCUGCAAGAGAAGAUUGAUGGAAUCUAG